CACACAACAAUGAGCCACUAUGGCUCAUUAGAGGCUCAGCUUGCAAAGUUCAAAGUGUACAAACAUAGACAUGCAGGACAAAUCUGAACUAAGCAUUGAACCCUGCCCUCUGCCUGCACCAACGAUUUACAGGCUAUCUGGUAAAUGAUUUAUAAACCUGAAGAUAACAAAGUAUAAAUGUAUGUCUGCCCAUGCUUUACAAAGGAAACACUUUCUGGAUAAUUUGCUAUGUCUCUGAAAAUGUUUCAAAUUUUGGUGUCUGCUCUGCUGUUUACAGCUUCCAUUUCAGGUGUCCUUGGAGCACCUUUUCUGACAGAAGAAUCUGCAAAUCAAUUUAUACGACUUAAACGACAAAUACCAUAUUCUCUGAACUACUGGGACCCCAGCAGCAGCCAGAACACAUGGGGAUACUCUAUGGCUGAGCAGGUUAGUGAAACAUGGAAAGCUUUGAAAGACACAGCACAAUACUACAUGGACUUGGGUUCUUCUGCCUUCAAUCCUUCAAUUGCCAGUAUUAUAGCUGCGAGAAACAUCUUUCCCAGAAGAGCCUCAAGUUUUGAAAACUACAUGAGAAAACUCAAGAGUUUCUUCUUACAAGACGAUGUCAGUCAUGAAAGUCAUUCUUCUAUGCAACAUCUGAUGAAACCCAAGUCUUAGUCCUAAAGCCUUCUACAAAGCCCAAGAUUACUUCUCAAACUCAAGACUCACAUGGGGAAGGCUGAGCGAUUUAAUCACCCAGCAGAGUGCUUACCAUUACACAAACAAUGAUAACAGUGUGUCACCAUGCUGCUUUCUACCUUAAGUAGGAUUAAUGGAAGGAGGCAAGCCUGCUGAAGAGAGAUCACAGAGGAAACUCCAGCCUUUAUCCAAAAAGGGCAUGCUCUGGGAUUACACACCUGACCACAGACACAACUCUAAAUAGUCACUUUCCUGGUGGGAGGAAACAAAAAGAAACAUGAAGUGGCAUCACCUUGCACUACAGCUUUACCUGCUGAUGAAUCUGAGGCAGGAUUAUAGGUUUUUGCUUACUUGCAGGCCUGAAAUAGAGUGGAAACAGACCUUGGGCAAGCUUGGACAGAGCAGACUUGGGUAGGGUCAAAUCAGGGUGUAUGUUUUCAAAACAAGGGGCAGCAUGUUUGCUAUUUCCCCAUUGGUGUUUCCACCAGUCAGAAGAGGGGAGGGAGAAGCCAGCCAGGGUUCUGGGAAGGCAGCUUGACCUGCCGCUGGGGGAACCCACAAGCCGCUUCAGAAGAAGCAGAGACUGUCCACCCUUUGUUGGAACCCACGUGAUUUGUGCAGUCUUAUUUCCAGAGAAAACUUAUUCACCAGGGCUUUCAGGUGUUGUCAUGGAGGAGAAAUCUGUGCUGGGCACAUCAAUCCUCCUUUUUCUCCCCAGCUUCCCUGCUGUACCCCAGCUAAAGGGGUUCAAAGACCCACACACAAGUCAGAAAAGACCUCCAAGGCAUCUAAGGCAUUUGGACUUGGCUGGAGUUUGGUGGAAGAAGGGUCAGACCCAGAAUCAGGCUGUUACUCAGGUAGCAAAAAUAAUAAAUAAUUUCAUUUUUUAAUAGGCCAUUUGAUAACUCUAGUGAUUCCUUCCUUUGUAAACCUCUGACAACCCCCAUUGCUUAGCUCUCAGAACUCCACCUCAAAAAUCACUUCUCAAGAGAAUGGCUACAGCAAAGAGCAAAAUCCCUAUUUCUUCUUACACCUCCCACACAGAAGUCUCAGAAAGGUACUGCCAGAACAUUUUCUAUGAUGACUGGCAACCUGCUAGCAUGCCAAGAUAGGCACUUGUAAGAACAUACAAAAGUGUAAUCUUGCCAUUCACUUUCCUUUAAAAAGUUUUUUGAAAAAUGUAACUGCUUUUAGAAAAAGAGAGCUACACUAUAUUGGUUCUAUUUUUAAUUCUGAUCUUAAGCAGCUUAUCCAUGUCUAGUCUAUUACCUACAACACGAACAAAAGUUAGAAUAUACAAGGCACAGGUAAAAUUUAAUUAGCUAACACAUUAAUUACCCUAGAGUGCGAUUUUCAUUCCCCAUGCCCUGCUUAGGAAAUGAUGAUGUUUCUUUUGCAGUUCAAGUAUUAUUUGUGUACAGCUCCAUCAUCACUUUGUCAAAGGCAAAUGUCUGAGGUGAAGAAAGGAGUCUGCACUGCACUAAUUGCUCAUUGCUACCCUGGUUAGGCUUAUAAGUCUUUUCCAAAAAUCAUUAUAAAAGACAACAUAGAGCAGUAUCUCUGUCCUGAAAAAGACAUUUUAACUGUUUCCUCCUGUUUAUAAGCAGGUUUCUCACAGACAGAAGAAAGAGCAACUGAUAUCCAAGCCUCAAAAGCCACCGAAAAUAUUUUAUAUUUGAAGACACAACUAUAUUUUCUUAAAUCAUGUGCAGAGAUAGGAAAGGUCUGUGAUUUAGGAGUGACAGCAGAGACAAGGAGUCUUAUGCCAACAUCCUUUGUCCAAAUCCAGCUUGAUAGUGAUGAAAAGGUGUCACUUAGUGAUCUCUAUACUUGAAAUGGAUUUGUGGUAAGACAUUUGAUGGGCAGGUGCUUAAAAUAGAAAAGACUUUCUUAUACCUAUGGCAGCUUCAGCUGCACUUUUUCUGUAGAUAAAUAGUAUACCAAUGAUAACAGUUCAGACAAAUAAAUCAGCCCAUACUGUAUUUGAAGGGAUAAACUGAACCAAGGGAAAAGAAAAAAAAAACAAAUCACAAAAACCUUCUUUCCCAAACCCUGCCUGUCUGCUACCACAACAGAAACUUCCGAUGCACCAUUCCUCCAACAAACCCCUUUUCCAUUCCAGAGAAACAGCAAGCCUUCUUCACAACACCUGACAGAAAGAUGGUCAUGAGCAACUGCAGAAGAAAGUACAGAAAAGAAACCUUCAUUUUUCUGCUUUCGAGACUCUAAUUCAUGGUGCUUUGUUUCUUCUGAAAAGUCACUUCACCUUUAACCUUCCAUUGAGUCCUUACAUCAGUUCCCCAGCACCGAGGAUCUUUGCAAGAACACCACAAGUUCACUGGAGGCAGAAAGAGGCAUUUCUCUGAACCACGACUUAUCAUGGGUGUGACUUCAGCAGGGUGUAUUUAGACACACCUGUGUAGUAAAGCUACAGGUGAAGAAAGCAAAGCAAUGCAGGCUUACACUUGGCUUUGAAUAAGUUAGGAACAUGCUUUGGCACAGUUGAAGAGCUGCAAAGCCUGAGACAAAAGCAGGAAAGAGGCAAUGGAGAUGAAUCAUCACCUGGUCUCAGUUUGCAAUCCCUCCAGCCUUUCCUAAUUCCCCUGGAAUGGACUCAUUAGAGCAUAUGAAAACAGAAUUAACCCUGUGAGUAACAUUCCUCAUCCUGCUGUAUGCAAAUCACGGAAUCACAGAAUGUUAGGGAUUGGAAGGGACCUCAAAAGAUCAUCUAGUCCAAUCCCCCUGCUGGAGCAGGAACACCUAGAUGAGGUUACACAGGAAGGUGUCCAGGAGGGUUUUGAAUGCCUCCAGAGUAGGAGACUCCACAACCUCCCUGGGCAGCCUGUUCCAGUGUUCUGUCAUCCCCAUUGAGAAGAAGUUUCUUCUCAUAUUUAAAGUGGAACCUCCUGUGUUCCAGUUUGCACCCAUUGUCCCUUGUCCUCUCAUUGGUUGUCACCGAGAAGAGCCUGGCUCCAUCCUCCUCACACUCAUCCUUUACAUAUUUAUAAACAUGAAUGAGGUCAGCCCUCAGUCUCUUCUUCUCCAAGCUAAAGAGCCCCAGCUCCCUCAGCCUUUCCUCAUAAGGGAGAUGCUCCACUCCCUUAAUCAUCUUUGUUGCUCUGUGCUGGACUCUCUCCAGCAGUUCCCUGUUCUUCUUGAACUGAGGGGCCCAGAAUUGGACACAAUAUUCCAGAUGCCACCUCUUGAGCUACAGAAAAUUGUGUAACAGAGAUCAGCUUGAAAUCAAGGAGUGUUGAAGCUACUGGUGCUGCUCUGAUAGCUUAAAAAAUCCAAACAACAAGAAAAAAAGCUCAUUGUAAGCUGCUGGACCCAAGCAUGGUCUUCAUGACCCUUUUUUCUAGUCAGGAACGUUUUUUUCUUAAGUUGAAUUAUAAUUAAACUUGAAGGAAUCUCUAGAAUAUUAGCUAGACCAUGCUACCUCUCAAAUGUUGUGGAAUAAAAAAAUAUGGAGCAUCCUUCCACACACAGCCAACUGCACUAAUGUAGCUCAUCUUUCUGCUCCCUUACACUGAAGUCUGUUGAAGUGUAGUCACAUGUGGAAGGCAGGAAAUACCAGGUGUUCAAGUAUAUGAAUAAGAGGCAAACUAUUUGCUCUGACAGUGGCUGCUCUA